AGAUUAAUCAUGGCGUGCAGAGCAGAGAAAGCCAGACUGCUCAGUAGCUCACUAAACAUGGAGAGAAGAACAAUAACAAAUGCAGUCAUUACUGCAUUUAUUGUAAUUAUGUACAACAACGAUUCCAACGAAAUUGCAGUGAAUUGGAAACACAACACGGACAUUCUUCGUGGAGAAAAGCAUGCAAUACCAAAGAUUGUUGAGAUUCCAAUGGUAGAUACCAUCGAGAAAGUUAUCGAAACGCUUGAAUAUGGCACUAUUGAGCGAGAAGUACAAGGGCUUCAAGCGGCGUUAAAGCUCUCUAGUAUACAUUA